CCGGCAGCCCCGCCGCGGUCCCGCUGCCGGCUGCAGAUGCCCGGAGCCGGGCUGGCACCGGCGGUGCCGGAACAUCCGCAGCCCCGAGCCGGCUCCGCGCCCCGCCGGGGAGCUGCGGGCCGGGCCGGGGGUCCGGGGGAUGAGGAGGGGUUCGGAGCGGGGUCCCCCCGGUACCGGGACCGCCCCGGGAAACGGAACGGAACGGAACGGAACGGAACGGGCGGCGGGCGCAGCCAUGUCCUUCUGCUCCUUCCUGGGGGGAGAGGUGUUCAAGGACCACUUCCAGCCGGGUAUUUACGUGUGUGCCAAGUGUGGCCAUGAGCUGUUCUCCAGCCGGGCCAAGUACGAGCACUCGUCGCCGUGGCCAGCCUUCACCGAGACCCUGCGGGGGGACAGCGUGGCCAAGCGCGAGGAGCGCCCGGGGGCGCUGAAGGUGACGUGUGGCAAGUGUGGCAACGGGCUGGGCCACGAGUUCCUCAACGAUGGCCCCAAGCGGGGCCAGUCCCGCUUCUGAAUAUUCAGCAGCUCGCUGAAGUUCGUCCCGAAAGGUAAAGCUGACUUGAAGGAGAAAUAAGUGAGCUGCUGCACCUGCCACUGCCCUGGGCCAAUCCUGCCUGCACUCUUGGGAUGCACUGACCUGCCAAGGGGACCCACAGCACGAGCAACCCCAAGGAAGCUCCUGGUCCAAGUUUGCCCCUGAUUUCCUGGUCCAAGUUUGCUCCUGAUUUCCUGGUCACGGUUCCCCCUUGAUUUCCCUGUCAGGGUUUUAUUCCCUGAUUUCCCUGUCAGGCUUUUAUUCCCUGAUUUCCCUCUCAGAAUUUCCCUGUUUCCCUGU